AUGGAACGGUCGUAUCCCUACAGCCUUGGAGCCACAUGUGUCUUUCUUUUCAUUCUGCUAAACACUCUAGGGAUUGCAUCUGCAGCACAAGAUGAUCCGGUGGUGGUGGGUGGUGUGGAACAAAUGACGGAACCCUGCCUUGCCAUUGUACGAGAAAUCACCAACGACGACGAUGAUGCUGAUUUGAUUUGUGAGACUCCCUCUGGAAUGGCCUAUCUAGUACCAUCUGUCAAUGAGGCAUGGAUUCGCAAAAAGGAAUUCGAAGACGAGCUAUUUAGCGGAGAAACGGAACUGGUGCUGCCAGAUCCUACCUACUACGAUAUUGAAACCGACACUCUCAUAUUGGAUGCUCCACCCGGAUUGAAGAAUCCUCAAUUGGACGAUAAUUCUCCUGAUCGUCGUCGACUGAAAAACUUGGAACGGACCAUUGGUGUUAAGAAAGUCCUAGUUGUUCGUGUCCAAGCCACCAACAGUGUGACAUCUUUAUCAGAAGAUCAACUCAGCAGUGAUAUCUUUGGUGGAAAUGGCGACGUCAAUAACUUAAGGUCACAAUACUAUGACUGCUCCUACGGAAAACUGGAGUUUCGCAAGACACAGGACCGUCGAGGAAAGACCACUAGUAUUCGGAAUGGGGUCGUUACCAUUACACCAGGAGCUCCCGCCCAAAUCGGUGACAUGCGCAUGACCAAUCGGAUCAAUAGCAAAUUGAAGGAAGAAUUCGGUAUGGGAGUAAGGGAACUUGCAGAUCACAUCAUGUAUUGCAUGCCUCCUGGAACGAUGAGCGAAUGGGCGGUUGCUUAUGGAUGGAUGAAUAGCUAUGCCACAGUUUUCAAUGACGCAGUUUGUUCGGAAGUGUCUACACAAAUGCACGAAAUUGGGCACAACUUGAAUAUGGGUCAUUCUGCGCACGGAGAUGACGAAUAUGGCGAUCAAAGUGGUUAUAUGGGACUUUCAUACGGAGAAGAUGAGUUGCCAUUUCAGUGUUUCAAUGCCGCCAAGAGUUGGCAGCUGGGAUGGUAUGAUGACAAGUCUAUCACCUUUGCCCCAUUGGCAACUGCACAAUACUCAUACUCUGGAAAACUUUCCGGUAUUGCCAACUACGGAAGUACACCUCACAAUGUCCUGUUGGAAAUAAAACAAACAACUUCACCUUGGGCCUUCUAUGUGAACUACAACUUGGCGAAAGGAUUGAAUCGACUGACAAUGGAAGGGGCCGAUCAAGUCUUGGUCACCAUGAAAAAUACCAAGAAUGAUGAAAACUUUUCCUUUCUUGCAAGAGCGAUGGAUCCAGGAGAUAGCCUUGUUUUAGAAAACUUUAAUGGAAAGAAUGGAGAGACGCUGACAGUGACGUUUGUAUCCGUUUCUGGUGAGGAUGCCGACAUUUCGGUCGUACUGUCAGGGCCUUCCAUACCCGUGCCCACCCCUCCACCAACUGGGCGCCCGACACCUCAUCCGACCAAACCACCUACGCAGGCGCCAAUAACUGCGUCUCCAACCAAAUCACCCACCAUUGCUCCCACCAAGGCUCCAACAGCAAAACCUACCAAGCCUCCAGCAGCGGUUGCGCUUGCUCAACGUCGUGAUACAGACCCACCAACAAUUGCUCCCACCAAAUCGCCUACUGCGAAGCCGACUCGCUCACCAACUCCAGAGCCAACACCAGAUCCGACACCAGUUCCAACCCCAGCACCGACCCCUGGGCCUACGUUAAAACCGACGCCCUACCCAACCAAAGCGCCCACGUUGAAACCAACUCCGUCCCCAACCACCCUACCCUCAAUACAACCGACCAAGAAUCCAACGACAACACCAUCAAAGACUCCAACAAAUGUGCCCAGUAUCAGUCCAUCAAAGACGCCAACAACGACGCCGUCAAAUUCACCAACUUUCUCUCCCACCACCCCGUCUCCAACGGUCGAACCUGGAAAUCCAACACGGACGCCAACCAUCAAACCUUCUACGACGCCUUCGUCGACUCCGACCACAUCGCAGCCGAGUAUGACUCCAACGCCUCAACCAACAACUAGUGCUCCGACAAAAGCACCGACACCUGCCCCGACCUUUGGAGAACGCAUCCGAACGGGACGUGGUGCCAUUGAGAUUUCGUCAGCAAGUUUUGGCAAGGUUGACGUUAUUUGUAAUGGUGUCAAGAAGUUCAUGGAUGACCUCAUCAAAGAAACCUUUGGAUCCAAUGUCGACAAUGAUAUCAGUUGUGAAGCAGAAGGCGGUUUCGGUUCCGGGCCCAUCGCGAUGCGACGACCGUUGUCUGAAUCACUUGGAACGAAAGAAGGAGCGAUCAUCAAUAUUGGAGUCACAGUAAACAGUCGUUUUCCUAGAGGCUCUGUUGCGCCACUACAAGAAGAUUUUGAGAAAUAUGCAGUGGAAUUGAUGAUAGAUGCAGAGUCGAGGAGGAAACUUCCAAUGUACAUUUUGCGGUCAGCAAUGGAUGCUGGUAUGCUCGUGGCAGGGGUCAUUUCAACGGAUGUCAAUGAAAGUGUGGACCCUCCAGCAUUGAAGAUAUCAUUUUCAGAAGCCCCGGAAGAAACGAAAGUUGUCUCGUAUAUGGCUACUGCAGGAUCCGUCCGGACUCUUGCAAUUGGCAUAUCCACAGCGUCGUGGAUCCUCGUCGGCGCGUGGUUCUUCCUCUGA